AGAUCCCGGAGUCUAUGGAGGAUGCUGUGCCUUUAAGCGGAGUGCUGGAUGUGGGGGAGGGGUCGGAGAGGCUUUAAAUGCUGGAAGAGCUGACAGUCCCUCACACCAAACCGAGAUGAGUGAAUAAAGCAGAUCUACAAAACUGAGAGAUCUCUUUCUGUGCCAUGCUGACCAUCCUGUGGCAUCAAUAAAGCUGGGCACUGCCCACUACACGACCACCCCAGAGGACUGUAGAGAGGGGGGGCACCGAGCCGAGGAACAUGGAGAAAGAGACGCUUACAGAACCCCAGAAAGUGCUGAUCCGGGACAGCUGGCAGAUAGUGAGCCAGGACCAGUUACACCAUGGCACCGUGCUGUUCACCAGGUUGUUCGAGUUGGAGCCGGACUUAGUCUUCCUCUUCCAGUACAAUUCUGCACAUUUCUCGACUGUCCGGGAAUGUCUGAGCUCCAGUGAGUUCAGCGAACACAUCCGCAAAGUUAUGACUGUUAUCGAUGCCGCGGUGAGCAGCCUGGACUCGUUGUCAUCUCUGGACGAAUAUCUGACCGGCCUGGGACGCAAACAUCGCGCAACUGGCGUCAAGCUGGAAUCGUUCAAGACGGUGGGCGAGUCGCUGCUCUUUGCUCUGGAAUCCGGUCUGGGAGAACUGUUCACACCAGAAGCCAGAGAAGCGUGGACUCAGUUGUACGCUGUAGUGGUGGGCGCCAUGAGCCGUGGCUGGAACAGAGAACAGCAGAGUGAAUGAAGGGAGUGCGUGGAGUGAAGGACAAGACCGCAAUGAAGACCCUUCCAUGGGUACCAGGCUUGGAUUCUCAUUGUUUGUGGAGCCUGUAGCGGAGGCGGCACUGUGUCACCAUAGUGUGUACAGCGAUGCGGCCUGUGUGUGCUCCUCGUUAUGUCUGUGCCACGUUGUGUGUCCGUACUGUGUUGUGUCAUUGUACAGUUUCUAUAUAGCGGUCUGUUCACACUACACCACUGUAAGCUGGACGUCUGGCACGGUGGGUGCCCGUUAUGUGCCAAUGCAGGAGGGGCGAGGCCAGCUCCAUAUUCACCGACGAAUGUGCAGAAUCUGCCAGGAAGAAACCACAUAUUCACUGGCCUCACCUCAGGAGGGUGCGGGGGACCAAUCGCAAGUAAGGGCCACCCACAGCAUCCAAUCAGAUAUCAGUUGCCACCAAGGUCUGCUGCAUUUCCGAACCUUUUAUGGAGCUUUUCUGAGACUUUCUCUUCUAAUUUCAAUAUUUUAAUUUCAGUAACAAAAAUCUAGUAACAUUUUUAUCAUUUUAAAUUUGUUAUUUUAUUCCGACAUUUUUUAAUUUUAUGCUGGUUACCUCUGGCACAAUCUUUUUUUACCAGCAGAAGGUUGACGUGAAUGAUGGUGAUCACCUGGAAGGGUACUGGAGAGAUCAGAAAUGUGAAAGACAGCAAAGACAUUGUCGAUCUUUAUUACUCGCCCCCCUUGUACCAGCAGUAGAAGAGGAGUGUCUGAAAUGUGAUUGGCUGCUGUGGGCCCCCUUGACAUCUGGUCUCCUAAAGUUUGUUUGUGGCUGACAUGCAGUUUAUUGAUCAUUAAACUGGAAGAUGUGA